AUGUCAGGACGUCUCAUUGCUCAAAUUCUAGUGUCAGUAGGAACCGUUGUUGGACGAGCAUUCGUCGCUGCUUAUAAACAAGCCGCAGCCAAUGCUGCACAAGGUGGUGGUGCGGCCGGUAGAGCUGGCGCAAAGGCUUCGGCAGGUGAUGCCCUGACUAGACAGACCGGCAUGACCAUUGACGAAGCUUGUCAAAUCUUGAAUGUCAAUAGAGAAGCUGAGUUGGCUGAGGUUGCUAAGCACUAUGACCAUAUGUUCAAAUGCAACGACUCAUCCGCUGGCGGGUCAUUCUAUAUUCAGUCGAAGGUGGUCAGAGCAAAGGAGAGAUUCGAAUUGGAGCGAGCAGAAAAACUCAAGGAAAAGGCAGAAGGCGAGGCAGCAAAAGCAUCGAACAAUGACCAACCAUCUCAGUAA